AUGGUUGAAGUCAAGAAGCCUAGAAUCGGUUUUUGUGGACUUGGUGCCAUGGGAGGUGGUAUGGCUCGCCAUUUAGUAUCUCAAGGAUUUGAUGUAGUUGGUUACGACGUUUACCCACCGUCAGUAGACAAGUUUGUCGCAGCUGGUGGUAAGCCAGGGAAAUCUCCAGCAGAUGCUGCGAUAGACGUUGAGUAUUUCAUUAUCAUGGUUGUUAAUUCUGCUCAGACUGAUUCCGUUCUGUACGACAAAAACGAUGCAGGCAUCAGCGCUGUCGAGAUUCUACCGGCAAAGAGUACAGUGAUUUUGUGUUCAACUACUCCCCCAGAUUAUGCCAAGAAAUUAAGGGAAAGAUUGAGGUCAGAUAUUCGUCUCCUUGAUUGUCCUGUAUCUGGUGGAACUAUAAGGGCUGCCAAUGGUACGCUGUCAAUUUUUUCUUCUGGCACUGACGAAGAUCUUGAUCAUGCUCAUAUUGUCUUAGACACAAUUGCUGAUCCUUUAUACCGGAUUCCAGGAGGACUUGGCAUGGGCUCAGUAGCCAAAAUGUGUCAUCAGCAUCAAGCUGUCACCAACAUUAUUAUGGCAUCUGAGAUAAUGGGUCUGUCCAGCGUUGUUGGUCUGGAUAGUCAGGUUGUAUAUGAUCAGAUUAUGGAGAGCACUGGCGCUACUUGGAUGUUUGGUAACAGAGUUCCACAUAUGCUUACUAACGAUUGGGCAACCGUUCACUCUGCCCUAGCCAUAAUUAUGAAAGACGCUGACAUCGUAACAAGCUAUGCUAAGAAUGCUCGUAUUCCACUUCCACUUGGAAAUAUUGCUGAACAGUUGUACAUUACUGGCACAUCUAAAGGGUUGGCCAAGGAAGAUGAUUCUGGUCUAGUUAGAUUGUACCUACCUUCAGACAAGCCAGGACUCGUGGGAGAUCUCAGAGGCAAUGGUCAAAAGGAAGUAGGAAAAGAAGGCAUAACCAUUCAAACUGUGAUCGAUAUCUUGACAGGUUUCAAUCUCGCAGCUGUUGCAGAGUGUGUGCACUAUGCCGAAAGGGCUGGUAUGAACUUAUACCAAUUCCGAGACAUCAUUGCUAAAGGAGCCGGGAACUCUGCAAUUUUUGAAAUUGUUAAACCCUACGAAGCGGGUUGGACAUUGGCUAAGACUCCUGAAGCCAGAGAAAUUAGAGAGAAGCUUGUAAGUAUUAUUGUACCUUUGAAACCGCAUUCACUGCUAACACGUACUAGGAAAUUGGACUUGCCAAGGCAUCGACAUUGGGUCAGCCACUGCCAAUGGCUACUGCUGCUCUUCAGCAGUUUUAUUUUGAAAAAGUUUAGUAUUAUAAUAUAUAUAAUAACAUAUUCUAGUUGGUUAACCCGAUGA